CCAUUUUAAAGAAAUUGCCUAAAGAAGUUACCAGAGGUCGGGGUUCGGCUGCCUGAGAGAUCCUGAAAGCCCUGGACAUCAUCUCUUCCCAUCUCAAGAUGGAUAACAAGAAACGCCUGGCCUGUGCCGUCAUCCGCUUCCUACAUGACCAGCUGCGGCACGGAGGGCUCUCAUCUGGCCAGGAGAGUUUGGAAGUUGCAAUCCAGUGCCUGGAGACUGCUUUUGGGGUGACAGUGGAAGACAGCGACUUUGCACUUCCUCAGACUCUUCCAGAAAUGUUUGAAGCUGCAGCAGGCAAGGGCCAGGAGAUGCCACAGAACCUGAGGAGUCCCGAGCGAACCCCACCUUCGGAAGAGGACUCAGCUGAGGCAGAACGCCUCAAAACUGAAGGAAAUGAACAGAUGAAAGUUGAGAACUUUGAGGCCGCCGUGCACUUCUACGGGAAAGCCAUCGAGCUCAAUCCUGCAAACGCCGUUUAUUUCUGUAACGGAGCUGCAGCCUACAGCAAAUUGGGGAAUUACGGGGCCGUGCAGGACUGCGAACGGGCCAUCUGCAUAGGCCCUUCCUACAGCAAAGCAUAUGGGAGCAUGGGCCUGGCGCUCUCCAGCUUGAACAAACACACGGAGGCCGUGGCCUACUACAAGAAGGCCCUGGAGCUGGACCCCGACAACGAAACAUACAAGUCCAAUCUCAAGAUAGCGGAACUAAAGCUGAGAGACACACCCAGUCCCACGGGAGGGGUCGGCAGCUUUGACAUCGCGGGCUUGCUGAACAACCCUGGCUUCAUGAGCAUGGCAUCAAACCUGAUGAACAACCCCCAAGUUCAGCAGCUCAUGUCUGGGAUGAUUUCCGGCAGCCACAACCCCUUGGGGACUCCUGGCACCAGCCCCUCGCAGAAUGACCUUGCCAGUCUCAUCCAGGCUGGCCAGCAGUUCGCUCAGCAGAUGCAGCAGCAGAAGCCAGAGUUGAUUGAGCAGCUUCGAAGUCAGAUCCGAAGUCGGACGCCCAGUGCCAGCAAUGAUGACCAGCAGGAAUGACCACCCACCCAUUCCAGUGCCAUUGGGUUCUUCCCCGCUGACUGGAUCCUCCACACGUUCUGCCAUUUUCUCCCAUUGGAUUGCCAGAGAGGGAAAAAGAAAAAGAAAAAUUGGACCUGCAUGAGACGGAUUUUUAUGCUUUUUAUUUUU